AGGGAAGGCAGAAUGUGCUUCAACAUGAGGGCAGACGUCACACAGAGGAGACUGCCCGGACGCCCGCCCCCUGGAGGAUGGUGAUGUACAGAGAUAACCUUUUUGUCACAUAACUGAUGCACCGAGCUUGUCUAUAUGUGCAGCCCAAACUUCUGGAAGAAUGACAGAUGACAAGGAUGUGCUUCGAGAUGUCUGGUCUGGGCGAAUACCAACAUGCUUUACGUUAUAUCAGGAUGAACUCACUGAAAGGGAAGCUGAACCUUAUUAUCUGCUUCUACCUCGAGUGAGCUACCUGACCCUGGUAACUGAUAAAGUGAAAAAACAUUUUCAGAAAGUUAUGAGGACAGAAGACAUCAGUGAGAUUUGGUUUGAAUUUGAAAGCAUUCCUCUGAAAUGGCAUUACCCAAUUGGCUUACUAUUUGAUCUUCAUGCAUCAAACACAUCUCUCCCUUGGAGCAUCACUGUCCACUUUAAGAAUUUUCCAUCAGAAGACCUUUUACAUUGCCAGUCCAAAGAUGUGAUUGAAGCACACUUUAUGUCAUCUGUAAAGGAAGCUGAUACUUUGAAGCACAAAAGUCAAGUCAUAAAUGAAAUGCAGAAGAAAGACCACAAACAGCUCUGGAUGGGUUUACAGAAUGAUAAGUUUGACCAGUUUUGGGCGAUAAAUCGAAAACUUAUGGAAUAUUCACCAGAAGAGGGAGGCUUUCGUUAUAUACCCUUUCGAAUAUACCAGACAACCAGUGAACGUCCUUUUUUGCAAAAGCUAUUUCGGCCAUCUGCCAACGAUGGGAAGCCUCAUACGCUUGGUGAUUUAAUAAAGGAGGUUUGUCCUACAGCAGUCACACCUGAAGAUGAAGAAAAGAAAUAUCAAGUGAUGAUUCAUGGCAUAGAACCUUUGCUGGAGACCCCAUUGCAAUGGCUAAGUGAACAUUUCAGCUAUCCAGACAACUUCCUCCACAUAGCUAUCGUUCCCCAACCCACUGACUGAAGGACAAGAUUUUGCAUAAGCAAAAAAGCCCCUCACACUUGAACAGGAUCUUCCAAGAUCACUUUACAGGCUUUUGGUUGGUGGGAAUGCUUUCCAGAGAACAAGACGACAGAAUGUCCUUGUAGCACCAGAGAGCUUGGAGUUUCUUUUGCUCUGCCACCACUUGAGCUUUGUGUAUAAAGGAGAAUAUGCUGGAGGCUUACUGUUGGGUUGUAGCCAAAAACAGACCUACUCAGAGAGCCAGGGACAGUAUGUGCCUCCCUAUUUCUAAAUUGUGGUAACAAAUAUUGUCCACACUGAUUUACUUUGUGUAGCCAGGGUGUAGUAUAAUAUUAAAAGGGAAAAAAAACAUUGGCCUGAUUUUGUAAUACAGAAGUCAGUUCUGAAAACUGCACUAAAAGUGUGUUACAGCUUUACAAUACACUGUUACAGUAAAGCUGUGCAGUGCUGGCAGAGUACUUGUUUACAAUACACUUGUAGGUUUCUUAGAGAGUGAGAUUUCUACCUAAAAAGCAAAAACCUCAUCCCUAAAUUAUAACUAAGAACAGAUUUCUCCAAUGCCAUCAGUAAUACACAUUUAACACCUUGAAAGCUUAAUGGACUACUUUUUCUAUUACAGCAGUUUAUGGUAACAAUCUAUAAUCAUGUAUGUGAAAUACGUAAAAAUAUAUAUAUCAAUUCCAAUUGUUGUUAAAUUCUGAAGUUUUUGUUUGUGAAUUUUUACUUUUAUGGUAUGCUGCCAUAGAAGAGAAAUUUAUUUUUUCAAUUCUAAAAGGAAGUUUUGCUCAUUUACUGCUCCAAUUUCAGAUUAAUCUCUCUAAUAUUUAGAUCAAAAUAAGCUCAUGUGCUGGUGUGCAUUAGCUGUUGUAACCUGUGGCCAAGUAAUGUUGCGCUCCAAGAGACAGUAGAUCUCUAUGGAGAACAAAUGUCCCAAGUGCCUGAUCUUCUGAUGGCCCAGUUUGGCACCUAGUGCACACUCAAGUGAGUGUAUAGAGGGCGAUAAGGUAAAGAGUCUGAAAAGUUAUCCCCUAUCCACAAGAUUCGGAACAACAAGCUGAUCGAUAGGGGUCUGACUGCUGAAACCUUACUGACCACAAGAUCGCAGGACAGUUGUCCCCCCUGUAUAAAUGGGGCACACCCCUGUUCUCAGUUCAUUCUCUAUGGGACCCCCAAAUAUUGUUGCGCUCAGAGGACAUUUAUCUGGCAUACUCAUGGUCAUUGUGGAUCACAAUGGUUGGAGGCCCUCUGAUCAAGUUCAUAUACUGUAUCCUGUGGCUAGGAGAUAACUUUUGUAGAUGGUAAUACCCCUUUAGUUGUUUUGCAGUUAAAACAUCAGAUUUAGUCUACUUUGUGGAAUAUAAAUUUCUACAUAUCCACAAUCAUUGAAUGUUUCAUUUAUUGUAUAUAAUCCCUUGUAUGGAACAUGCUGUCAGUUGUGAUACACCUUUAUUAUUACCAAAUGAAGAUUUGGAAAACCGAGAUUUUAAAACGUGUUUUCCUGGAUUAUAAAAAUAAAAAUCAGUUUUUUUCCAGAUAUAAUGCCACUUUUGACCAUAGAAAGAAAGGUUUUGGUAUUGCAGAUCAAUCCCUUUUGACUAAAAUGGGAAUCAGUUGUAAUACCAGACACCGCCAAUGGUCUAAAAUAGCACAUUUUCUUAGGGGGAAAGAAGCAAAGAAAAAAAAAAUGUUUUUUCUAAUCACAUACAAACCCUUUAAAAGGAUAACACCACCUCCAGUCCACCAUUACUAUACCAUCCUUUAUCAUAGUAAAAAAUAAAAAAAAAUGUAAACUGUGAUGCAUUUGUUCAUGGGAACAAUAAAAUUACAUUGUUUGCUGUUAUAUUAUAAAAGUUAAUGUGAUGCUAGCUGCAUUUGUGUGUGUGUGCUCUUUUUAUUUCCUUUUAUUUGGCUCUUCCUUAUAUUGAACCUUAUUUUUGUAAUACACUUUUUUGUAUAUCUUGGUUUAAACAUGCUUCAAUACCUUCUCAUAAUUUUGCCACAAAAAAACAUAACCUUACUUAUGUUUCCUGUAAGUUUAUUAUACAAGUAUCUUUAUAUCAAAUACUACUGUUAUUAUAAUGGUAUGCAUUCAUUAGAAAGGGAAAAUUUCCAAUUGUAUGUAAUGUAACAUCUGUCUGUGUAUUACACUGUGUUGGAUCCACUAUGACUAUGCUUCUUUCCCAGAGUGCAAAAUAUAUUUAUAGCCAUAUGUGAACGAUGCAUCAUAUUUACAGUUACAUUUCUAACAUAUCUUUUUCAUUUUCAGUGCCUAAAAUGUUUAACAGCAUACGUUAAUGCAAGAAUAUUAAUUUAAUUGUACCCCUGAAUGAUUUUUGUAGCAUCGGCAUUAGAGUACCUGUCACCAAAUAAAACUUUUAAUAUAG